CACGUACACCAGUUCACAUCUAUCAACCUCGAAGCAUCUAAACUUCUGUAUGUUGAGCACCGCUUUUCCUCACAUUGACAAAAGGCUGUCUCUCUUCAGCGUCCCAUCUAGACGCUGAUACAACUCCAUGUCGACCCAUAGCCAUCUCUAGCACUUCCGGGCCCUUCAACUUAUACCUGACACACCCGAGAUCCGCUUCCACAAGCCCCUGAUCGCCCAUUCGUCAACCAUGGCGCAGACAUUCCUCGACAUAUUUUAUUCAUUAUCCAACUGUAUAUGUUGUUUCCCUGGCACUCCUCAGCUCAAGAUCAACAACAGGAGUUUUCGUAUGCUGCGCCUGCUGGGCGAGGGCGGCUUCUCCUACGUAUAUCUAGUUCAGGACACAUCUGAUUCUUCCUUGUACGCACUUAAAAAGAUCCGUUGCCCAUUUGGCCAAGAAUCCGUUUCGCAAGCUCUUAAAGAGGUCGAAGCAUAUACAUUGUUCGCACCACAUCCAAACAUCAUCCGCAGUAUCGACCAUGCUGUGCAGACCGACAGAUCCACCACCGUCUCUGGAAUCGGCAACGAUGGUGGCGCAGGAGGUGCCUCCAAAACCGUUUAUAUCCUUCUCCCCUACUACCGCCGCGGCAACCUCCAAGACAUGAUCAACGCCAACCUCGUCAACCAUACCCGGUUUGGCGAACGACGCCUGAUGCAGCUGAUGCUCGGCGUAUGCAAAGCCCUACGAGGCAUGCAUCAAUAUAGAAUCCGGAAUAACGCCUCACGCGGUGCAGCGCAGGCAGUACGCAGUGAAGCUGCACAGGCCGACGCAGAUGCCGCGCGACGGAAACAGCAACGAACUAUGACCGCCUCUCAACCCGACCAAGACGAAAGCGAAGAGCAGGAACAACCACUCAUGGCCGACGAAGUGACACGCGCGCAAGAAGGUAAAAACCCCGGCGACGAACGGGCAUAUGCACAUCGAGACAUCAAACCCGGCAACAUCAUGAUCGACGACGACGGACGAACCCCCAUCGUCAUGGAUCUAGGCAGUCUAGCACCGUCACCCACACCCAUCACGAGCCGAAGUCUCGCCAUCGCCGUACAGGACACAGCGGCCGAACACUCGACCAUGCCGUAUCGCGCACCAGAACUCUUCGACGUCAAGACCGGCAGCGUCAUCGACACCAAAGUCGACAUCUGGUCUCUCGGAUGCACCAUGUACGCAUGCCUAGUAGGAAAAUCACCAUUUGAAGCACGUUCCGAUGAAACAGGCGGUUCCUUGUCCAUUUGUGUGUUGGGCGGUGAUUGGCGAUGGCCAGGCGAAGGAAACGCCACCAAGGGCAAAGACCGUGCCCAUCCACCAUCGAGAUCGAAUACGAUGCAACAAGCUAAUGGCGAUGCCAAUGCCAACGCCGCUUCAACCGCUCAGCCUGCCAGUUCAGAACGCAUCUAUCCUCAUCCCGCGGCUCGAGAAGUCGUCCGUCGCUGCCUGGCAGUGGAGCCCUCAGAACGUCCUGACGUGGAUGAGCUGAUGACUCUGAUCGACACGUGUCUGAGCGAGUUACCUGAAGAUGAUGAGGGAGGUAAUGUCGAUGAUGAUGUUGUAUGAACGAACGACGAUACUUGGAACAUCCAUCUUUCUCUCUUAUGGAUCGUCGUCGUCGUCGUCAUGCUGAGAUGUUCGGUUGGUUUUCAAAAAACAUAUAUAUCCGAAUAUGUAUUUUAUUAGGGGUUCCUCUUUCUUUUUUAACUUUCUAUGAGCCAUAAUUAUAAAGCCCGUUUUUGAUUUGUGA